CGCUCCAGCACCCCCGACAAGGCCGGGACAGCCACGCUUUGGGGCUGUGAGUUAAACCAGGAGAAGCGGACCUGGACCUUCAAGCCGCAGAAGGAGGGCAAGCAGGACUGUAAGGUGUUGCUCAAUACGAUUUGCCUGGGGGAGAAAGUCAAAGAGGAGAUGAACCUCGUGGAGAUCCUGCCCCCAGCAAGCCAGGAGGACAAGAGGACGAAGCCCAUCAUCGUCGCCUCGCUGCAGGCCUCUGUGCUGCCCAUGGUCAUGAUGGGCCUGGAGCUCUCUCCUCCAGUCACUUUUCAGCUGCGGGCUGGCUUGGGACCCGUGUUCCUCAGUGGCCAGGAAUGUUAUGAAAUUCCAGAACUCUCCUGGGAGGAAGAGGAGGAGGAAGAGGAGCAGCAGUCAGAGGAAGAUGAUGACGAUGACGACGAUGAUGAUGAAGAGGUGUCCCUAGAGGAGACCCCUGUCAAAAAAGGCAAGAGGCUGGCGUCCCAGAAGCAGACAAGCGUUGCCAAGAAAAAAAAAGUGGAAAAAGAAGAGGAGGCGGCAAGACCCAGUCUCAAAGGCAAGAGCCCUGUGAACAAGGCCAGAUACACCCCCAAAGUAAGGAAGCCGGUACCCAAGAAAUGAGAAGCCAGGAGUGCAUGGCCUCCGUGAUGGGGGAGGGCCUGCCUGGCCACCAUGCACCGCGGGCCUUCCUGGGAUGCACUGUGGGCCCAGGGAAUAUCCCCCCCGGCCCUCAACCUGAGUCUGAAGGUGAUGGAGCUGUUGGGGGGCAACACAAGAGCCCCUCACCCCAACUCACUGGAUUCAGCAGGACCUGGAGGGAAGAACCCCAACCUCAGGGACACAAUAAAGUUUGCUUUGCCAAGA